CCCCACUGUGCGUGGAUUACAUGGACGCAGAAGAUGGGGAGCGGGAGGAGUAACAGGUGUGCGUGCAUAUGGGAUUUAAGAAGCUCGUGAACUUCUCCAUCCCCCCCCAAAAGUGCACCAGAUAAGCGGUUAUACGCACGGAGCUCAGGAUGUUCUCCGGUCAGGCGGCGCUCAAUUUCAGCCUCAACCUGAGCGCCGAGCUGGAGCUUUUGCUGGAGGAGGAGGAGGAGGAGGAGGCUCGCCUGUCGCCCACCGGCUUCGUCGUGCUGUCCGUGGUGCUGGGCUUCAUCAUGACCUUUGGCUUCCUCAACAACCUGGUGGUGCUGCUGCUCUUCUGCAAGUUCAAGAAGCUGCGCACGCCCGUCAACAUGAUGCUGCUCAACAUCAGCGUCAGCGACAUGCUGGUGUGCGUCUUCGGCACCACGCUCAGCUUCGCCUCCAGCAUCCGGGGACGCUGGCUGCUCGGCCGCAGCGGCUGCAACUGGUACGGCUUCAUCAACUCCUGCUUCGGUGCGCCGCCAUCGAAAGUGUGCUGUCAGCCUCUCAAAUGUUCCCAAAGUAUUAACUUCAACCAGAAGUAA